UCCCCCGCCCCAGUGUAAGAUGGUGGCCGUCUGGCUGUAAGAAGCUAGCGAAGGCCGAGCAGUCACACCCUCAGUCAGAGCCGGAGGAGGAGGAGUUCCCCGGCCGCCAUUACUCUCCCAAACCCACACGGAGCUGCAGAGCCGGAUACACAGAUUUUGGCAUCCCAAAGAUUUUAAUUUCACAUUAAGUUAUUAUAAACCUGGAAAUUUUUUUCUUUCUUUUUUUUUUUUCUGCGUUGUUUUGGGGGAACCUGUAAAGAUGUCCCGCAGCCCCGUCUUAAAGGAAGACCCCGUGGAAUGCCCCCUUUGCAUGGAGCCCCUAGAGAUCGACGACAUUAACUUUUUCCCUUGCACGUGCGGAUACCAGAUCUGCCGAUUUUGUUGGCAUCGUAUACGCACCGAUGAAAACGGGCUGUGUCCAGCUUGCAGAAAGCCAUAUCCAGAAGACCCAGCAGUGUACAAACCACUUUCACAAGAAGAACUGCAGAGGAUAAAAAAUGAAAAAAAGCAAAAACAGAACGAGCGGAAACAGAAAAUCUCAGAAAACCGCAAACAUCUAGCAAGUGUGCGCGUCGUUCAGAAAAACCUAGUCUUUGUAGUGGGGCUUUCACAGCGACUAGCAGACCCAGAGGUUUUAAAACGGCCAGAAUAUUUUGGGAAAUUUGGGAAAAUACACAAAGUUGUUAUCAACAACAGCACGUCCUAUGCAGGCUCACAGGGUCCAAGUGCCAGUGCUUACGUCACAUACAUCCGGUCAGAAGAUGCCCUUCGAGCCAUACAGUGUGUCAACAAUGUGGUAGUAGAUGGGAGAACGCUAAAGGCAUCGUUAGGAACUACAAAAUACUGCAGCUACUUCUUAAAGAAUAUGCAGUGUCCAAAGCCAGACUGUAUGUAUUUGCAUGAAUUGGGGGACGAGGCGGCGAGUUUCACAAAAGAGGAGAUGCAGGCAGGGAAACAUCAGGAAUAUGAACAGAAGCUGCUACAAGAACUCUACAAAUUAAAUCCAAACUUCUUGCAACUAUCUACGGGUACAGUGGACAAGAACAAGAACAAAGUGACAGCGCUACAGAGGUAUGAUGUACCCAACAGUAAUAACAAAGACGCCUGGCCGUCCUUACAGAAUUCAAACAGAUCAGCCAAUGGACUCGAACACAGGAAGUCGCCUCCUAUUUUAGACAAUGGCCUAGAUCCUGACCACAUGACUCCGGACGGUCCCGACUCAGACUUUGGGCUGUUUUGGGAAUCCGCUGAACACAAUGUUGCCAAAUUUGGCAGGGGGAUAGAGGACGAUACAAGUUCCAUCGACAAAUCUUCAGAGUCGUUAAGUAUAGGCAACGGAGAUAACCUGCAACAGAUAUUAACAAGCGACACGCCGUCACCGCCGCCAGGGUUAUCAAAACCUAAUCCCUCCGCCCCCAUCAGCUCUGCCAAUCACAGCGCACGGUCCCCGUUUGAAGACGCCAUGACGGAAUCACAGUCUUUGUUCUCCGACAAUUUCCGGCACCCAAACCCCAUCCCCAGCGGCCUCCCUCCCUUUCCCAGUUCCCCACAGACGUCCAGCGAGUGGCCAACAGCUCCUGAACCACAGAGCCUCUUCACAUCAGAAACGAUUCCCGUGUCGUCUUCUACAGACUGGCAAGCGGCGUUCGGCUUUGGCUCGUCUAAACAACAAGAGGACGACCUGGGUUUCGACCCCUUCGAUAUCACCCGCAAAGCCUUAGCAGACUUGAUUGAGAAAGAACUGUCUGUCCAAGAUCAGCCCUCCCUUUCACCCACGUCUGUUCAGAACCCGAAUCCUCACCUGGCCCCCAAAGGUCCGAGCUCCGGCUUCCUCCAUCCCACCCCGGCCUCCAACGCCAACUCCAUCGCCAGCACCUUCUCAGUUUUGCCUCAGAGGUUCCCACCGUUUCAUCACAGAGCGGUUUACAAUUCAUUCAGUUUUCCCGGGCAGGCGGCACGGUAUCCCUGGGUGGCCUUUCCUCGCAAUAACAUCAUGCACUUGAAUCACACGGCAAACCCAACCUCAAACAGUAAUUUCUUGGACUUGUCACAUCCUCCUCAACACAACACAGGCCUAGGAGGUAUCACUGUAGCAGACCACAGCAAUUCAAUAGAGGGUUUAAAUAUGAAGGAAUGGCAGGACGGGCUAAAGGCACUUCUACCCAACAUUAACAUCAACUUUGGUGGGCUUUCCAAUGCUUCUACCCCCUCCAACGCCACCCACAGUGCGCCAACGUCCAACACUGCCACCACCAACAGCUUGAACUGGGACAGCUCUGGCAGCUGGAUGGAUCCCGCCAUUAUCUCAGGCAUCCCAUCAUCCACAGGGAAUGGUUUAGAGUCUCUACAGGAUGACAAUCCUCCCCAUUGGUUGAAAUCACUGCAAGCCCUCACAGAGAUGGACGGCCCCAGCAGUUCCUUACUCCCCCACCACCCACACAAUAACCUCUUCAGCGCACAGAUACCCCUACACAGAGGCAACUGGAGCCCCUACCCUCCCCCAUCAAAUCCAGCCAGUUUCCACUCCCCACCACCCGGCUUCCAGACAGCUUUCAGACCCCCAACCAAAACACCUACAGAUCUACUACAGAGCUCCGCCCUGGACCGUCAUUAAAUCUAAGGAACAGUUAGAUCUUUGGGAAUUCUCCCUUCAGUCCAAAAAAAAUUCAGUCCUCCGUGUUUUCCCCUUCUCAUACCUCCCUUCUCCUCCGAUCUCUUUCCAUUGUAUUUCAGGAAUCUUGGGUUCUGAGCCAACGCACUCACUCGAAGCUCCGCCCACCAAGCCUAUAUCCCACAAUCGCCGCGGCGAUGACCUGAUUUUUACAAACUGACGGUCAGCUGUAGCCACGACAACUGCAACUGAUCUUCUUACCUUCUCCCCUUGAAUCAAGAAGCGAAUCAAAUUCUAACAGGCAAAUAAAAAAAGACGGGCGAAACCAAAUUCCGUCUUGAAGGGCGACUGCCGUCGGGAAUCAUUUCGGUCUGCUGCAUGAUAUGUUUGUGUUUCUUAAAAGCCGGAAUUAAGCUUCACGUCUAUGCGAUUGGACGGCGCUCGGAGAACUAGCUAGCGAAAUAGCCAAUGAUAUAAACCUUAGGGACAAGGAAAUCGAGAUCGAAUGUGAUCCGCAAGCAACGCAAUUCUCUACGGUAACUGAUUUGAAAUAUUUUUGAUUUUCCCACUCGUUCAAUGAGGCUGACGCGUUGUUAUAUCUUUUUCUUCAGGACCAGUAGGGCUUGAAUUUCACGCACAUAUCAGUUAAACCUUCAACCAAUGGGGGUGGAAAAGAUAUGCUAAUUCGGCGGUUGUUUCCUUGUUGGAUUUUCCUUUAUUUUUUUGUUGAAUGUUUUGCACACGUUGAGCAGCAGGCCAACCAUUUCUUUUAGAUACUACUGAAGAGCUGCCAUAUUGAUCCUAACGCCAUCCAGAGUUGGGGCGCUUUUUUUGUUUCUUGAGUAUGAUUACCUGGUCUCUGAUUACUUCAAAAGUACCCUGAAUGUUGGGUCGGUACCUCUAGUACUAAUGGGUUUGCUCUGUUUGUAAACUCACGUCCCACUCAAAUUUUUGUUUUUGGUGUUUUUGGAAGUUUACAAAGGUCCCCAGGAUAGCCUGGAUGUGUACGGACAGCAUUAGCGGCCUGUGUUCUUCAAAAGCCCUCAGACCCUUUGCCUGGAUCCACAGCCCAAACCAUCACCGUUUCCGGAAGUGUUGCACAGUAUUGGAGUAAUCUCAAGAACGGGAGGAGGAGAAGUUAUAACAAAAUGGGAGGGGGGAGAUCAAACGAAUAAACAUGGUUAUAACCCGAUGCUAAAAAAAUGAAAAUACCCCAAAGCCGGAAAUUGUACCUCCGUCUUCAGAAUUAAAACUAAAAUCUUAAAUAAAACAGAAAACUUGAUGAUAAA